AUGGCCAUCUCUCAGACCCCUUCUCGCGCAACCGUCCAGCCAAUUGUCCCUCCCCAGGACUCGGCUAUUGACUUCGGAGCUGUCGUCACAAAUAUUGACAUCGAGAAACUCACCGACGCCGGUUUCGAUGUCAUCCGUGAUGCCCUCUUCAAGCACCAAGUCGUCGUCAUCAAGAACCAAGGGCAUGCUUCCCCCAAAGCCCAGUUCGAAAUCACGCAAAGGUUCGACCCUGAGGCCGGUGCCUCAUACGGCCACGGCAAGACACUGGAUGCCAAACGCUCCAUUCUGCACCCUGACCUGAAAACGAUCCCUCAUCAGCCUCAGGUGCAAGUCAUUGGCAAUGGCUUCGUAGAAGAGUAUGAGGGCCUGAAGAACAUCCAGCUCAGGCACCCUCACCACCGCACAUUCCAUGCCACUGCAAUCCCGGCCGAGGACGACCUGGACUUCACUCGAUUCUACCGCUGGCACAUUGACGCCGCGCUGUACGGCCUCGCGCCGCCCGUCGCCACCACCCUCCUCGCCGUUCGUGUCCCCGGCGGUCGCAAACAGACGCUCCGCUACGACGACGGCACGGGCGAGGAGAUGACCGUCCCGCUGGCUCUCCCCGAGGACCAAGAGUUCGUGCGGACAACAAAGGUCGAGUACGCUCCGCACCCUUACGUCUGGAUGAGCAGCGCAAAGUCUCGUUCCGACGGCCUGGGGUUGGUAUCAGAGGGCAAGGAGGUCCCGCUAGACGAGCUGCCGCCCAUCGAGAAGGAAAAGAUUCAGAUCCUGCCCAUGUGCUGGCGGAACCCCGUCACGGGCCGGUUAGCGUUGCAGGUUCACCCUUCGGCAGUGCGGAGGCUGCACUUGGCAGACGGGACUGUAGUGGAGGAUUUGGCCGAGGUCCGGGAGACGGUGCACCGGCUGCAGCGGCCGGGCAUCUCGCCCAGGAACGUGUACCCGCAUGAUUGGGAGCAGGGCGACUUUGUUAUCUUUCACAACCGCGGAGUCAUCCACUCAGUGGUUGGUGCAUUUGCGGAAGAUGAGGUUCGGCUGUUUCGGCAGUGUAAUAUUGCUGCUAGUCGUCUCCCCGACGGUCCCGUUGAUGUCACUGCGGCUGUGUAG